AUGCCAUACAUGGGUGGCGGUCGUGACGCCUCCGACAGCCUGCACCAGCUCGGCCGCAAGCGAAGACGUGAAGACGACGAUGGCGGCAUCUAUAGGCUCUACAGUCCAGAGAAGCAGGGAAAUCUCUACCUGCUGACCCCCUCACACCCGGAGCUCCCCCCACGCAAACUGUUCCCGCUGUCGAAGCUCGCGAGGAUACUGAGCGACGACGACGACGACGAUGACGACGACGACGCGUUUUUUCACGAUGAACCGGUACCACACACGCACAGACCGAGGCAACCACCUCCCCAGCACAGACCGCUGCAAGGUCAGAACCAGGGCCGGCCCACCCCCGGUGGCGAAAUGCCGGUCCUCCUCGCGCCUUGCCACAUCUGCCACCGCAGACCAACCAAGAAAUCAGACGUCGACUCCUUUGCCGUGUGUCAGGGCUGCAGCCUACAGACCUGCUUUGUCUGCAUCAGAGAGUGCCAGAGCGUGCCUCUGCUGUCCGACCGGGACCUUUUCGUCCCGCCCUUUAGCACGACCAUGACGGAUGCCGACGUGCCUCCGAAUCAACAGCGGCCACCGCCACCUCGCCGCUUAGUGGACUCUACGCUCGAUGAGCCGUGCCGAAAGAAGACAUCCGACGGCGGCAUGGGAUGGGAUGCUCACGGUCACCGUUCCGUCGUUUGCAGCCGCUGCUGUGUCGAGAAGGGACUGCUUGGGGAGGUGGUGUGCCUAGGCUGUCUGUCCGGUGCCGCGACGAGCACUUGA